GACUUAAUCGUAAAGGAAAAUAAAACAGACAUCUAAAGAGUGUCCAUACCAAAAUGUUAAUUGAUGAUAAUUCCCUCAUGUAAUGAACAUCACCCAGCAAAGCUGUUGAGCUGAGUGAGAAACCACCCCUUCACACAGAUGUGGGAAACUCAGUAGGGUGUUGGGUUUGGGAGUUAGGGGGGUCACGAAGCCCUGCCUUGGCCAAUGGGCCACGGUCAUUAGGGCUGACCAAUGUGGGCCCCAGCCUCCACACAGGGCACUAUAAGAGGGGCUGGAUGGCAACAGAGAAACCACAUCACUCAAAGGUCGCCCCCUUACCACAGAGCUCAUACACGACCAACAAUGGACGUAUUCUCCACAUCCCAAAUCUUCUACGACAGCGCGUGCGCCUCGUCCCCAGAAACCUUGGAGUUUGGACUCGGAGGUGAGCUUACUGGAUCCGAGGAAGACGAGCACAUUCGGGCCCCCGGCGCACCGCACCAACCGGGCCACUGUUUGCAGUGGGCUUGCAAAGCGUGUAAGCGCAAGGCCAGCACCGUGGACCGCAGAAGAGCCGCCACCAUGCGGGAACGCCGCAGGCUGAAGAAGGUGAACCACGCUUUUGAGGCUCUACGCCGUUGCACCUCGGCCAACCCCAGCCAACGUCUUCCCAAAGUUGAGAUCCUGAGAAACGCCAUCCAGUACAUCGAAAGCCUCCAGGACCUGCUUAGGGAACAGGUGGAGAACUACUACAGCCUGCCUACGGAAAGCAGCUCCGAACCUUGCAGUCCCUCGUCCAGCUGUUCUGAGAGCAUGAUUGACUGCAACAGUCCUGUAUGGCCACAGAUGAAUCCAAACUUUGGAAACAAUUACAACUUUGAUGCACAACAUGUCGUUGCCGUAGACAGGACUCCCGCAGCAUCUAGUUUGCAGUGUUUGUCCAGUAUUGUAGACCGGCUGUCUUCGGUUGACGCAGGAGUCGCUGUGGGAAUGAGAAACGUGGUUGCUCUUUCUCCGACUGGUAGCGAUUCCCAGUCCAGUUCUCCAGACAGUCCUGACAACAGACCCGUCUACCACGUCCUGUGAAUGAGACACUCCAGCCGGUUUAGUUCGAGGACCACACAGUAACCUAUCCAGCUUAAUGAAUCCAAACUAUCCAUAAUGUUAACAUAUACAGACAGUAGAUCAUUUUUUUACUAUGUUAUCAUGGCUGACAAUGAUUUUAUUUAUCAGUAGUAAUCGCUAUGUACUAGUAAAUGCUGUUUACUUUUCUUUUUUUAAGCAUACUUUGUAUUGUUCAUUACCUACCCUCUGUUGUAAAUAAGAUUGUAUAUAAUGAAUUUAAAUUGACUGUUAUUGUAUGUAAUGUCAUGUGUAUCAUAUUUAAUGCAUAAAAUGUCUUUGCAGUAAUAAUAAAUCUCAAAAUGGUGGUAUUUAAUAUUCAUAGCAUUGUCGCUUUUUAGGAAUAAAAUGCUUAGGUUUUUUUUAGCAGAUCAGUGGAUCAACUUCACCCCGCCUGCAGCUUGCAGGACUCCAUCAAAUGCCAUUUGUCAGCUGCUAGAAAAUCACUGGAAAGAGCUGGUGGGAGUUGCAGAAAGAGAGUUGAUAGUGUGAUGAGUAGAUGUUUAAGAAAGAGAGAGAGGAAAUGAGCCUGUUUGUAUAAUGUAACAAAUGUUACACAUCAUUCACACCUUCUUAAUACCAUUGUCAUGAACAAAUGGCCACAUGCUGACACUUCAAGGUGCUGUUUGUGUGUUUGCAUGAGUGUGUAUGUGCGUGUGUGCCUUACAAAAAAAAACAUUUUAUACAAAAUCUACUGUAUUAUUUGCCUUAGUUUAGAUUUAUAACACAAGGAAUA